AUGUCACAAGAUAAUAAUUAGAAUAUAAAUAAGUCCUGUUUCCAUGGACAAGUAGUCGCCGUUCACUAUGAAGCUUCUUGUGGUGUUGAUUUCCCUCGUUGCGUUCUGCGCUGGCAGUGCAAUCCCCACCAUACCAGGGGACAAUAGCCACUAUGUAGAGGGAGAAAGCCGUUAUAUAUGGAUGCCGGAUGGUGAUGGCGUUCCUCACCUGGUGGACCUCGAAGCCCCUGUUGAUCCAGAGGCAGCUGACCCUAGAAAUGGCGCUAACAACGAAUACUGGUUUUUUUCUAGGAACAACCCUAACAACGCUCAAGUUAUUGUUCACGGAAAUGCUAACACCAUAUGGAACUCGAACUACGUGGCCGGCAGACCCUUAGUUGUCAUCGUACACGGUUGGAACAGCAACGGAAACUCUGAUAUCAACUCUAUGGUCAGGGAAGCCUACCUUGCAAUCCAAGAUGCUAAUAUAAUUGUCGUGGAUUGGCGUCAACACGCUAACGGCGCUUACAACUCUGCUGUCAGUGCUGUACCCAGUGUCGGGCAGUUCCUUGGUGAUUUCCUUUCCUGGCUGAUCGGAACUGCUGGAGGCAACUGGAAUAAUGUGCACUUAGUAGGAUUCAGUUUGGGUGCACAUAUCGUCGGCAAUGCUGGCCGACGCACCGGUAGUAGACCUGCCCGUGUCACUGGUUUGGACCCAGCUGGACCUUCUUGGAAUGGAAAUGCUAACGCACUCAACACCCAAGCUGGACAGUACGUUGAAGCUAUCCACACCGAUGGUGGUUUGCUCGGCAUCUUCAACCGAAUUGGUCACGGUGACUUCUACCCCAACGGUGGAAGGAACCCUCAGCCAGGGUGCUGGAUCAGCACCUGCUCCCAUAGCCGCGCUUAUGAACUGUUCGCUGCUACAGUUCGAUUCAACCACCUAGUCGGACGUCUUUGCAGCAAUAUCCAACAAGCUCAGAAUGUACAAUGCUCUGGCAGUAAUUUCAAUAUGGGCAACGGCAUUUUUACAAAGCGAGGAAAUGGCAUCUACGGAUUGACGACCGGCAACAACUGGCCUUACUGAAUAAAUAUUUAAAGCAAUUGCAUUAAUUAUUCGUAUUCUAAAAAGACUGAACAUACUUAAUAAAAAUAUAUUUUCAACCAUGUUUCAAAAAUUAUGUGAAGAAAUAUAAUGCGGUGAUAUUAAAA